AUGGCAACCAGAUACGCAUUCACGCGGUCCCUCAAGGAGGUCCGCUUCCUGUUCUGCCAGACCUCGGAGCAGAGCGCAGCCACCAGGGCGUUCCUCACGAAAUCCUACCCGACCAUGAAGAAGCACAACCCCUCGAUCCCCAUCAUGCUGCGCGAGGCUCAGGGCACCUCGCCCAAGGUGUACGCCAGGUACGAGUUCGGACAGGAGAAGAGCCAGUCAUUAGAAGGUUUGAACGACAAGCAAAUCGAGGAUGCCGUCACGACGCUGGUCAGGAACGAGUCAUAG